ACGUCAAUCAUAAUUUUAUUCAAGUUACCAUAGCAACGGAUAUAAGUAUACAAACAAUGAUGUCCCUGUAUUGCCGCUUUGAAAAAGAAUAACGAAUAUUUUUAUAGUUUUCUACCUCAUUAAAUUAGAAUUAUUAUUUCAAUAUGACAAGUUGUAGUUCCAUUUCUGUAAAUAAAUCUCCUGAUCAAAGAAGUAAAAGUUGCGACACUGUUUGCUCCUCUAAUUCUGGGUGUUUCCUGCAAAAAAGAAAACCUAUUCAUCCUUUAGCGGCUAGUGUAAGAGCAACAUUCUCCCAUACAAGCAGCAAGAAUAGCAACGUGAGACAAAGAGUUUUAUCCGCAAAAUUGUUGAAACUGAGAAGUUUGCAGAGCCAAUUGAACGAUGCCAAUUACCACUUGAAUGAAAUGCAACGUGAAAAUCUCACCCUCAAAACACUUAAUCAAAGACAAGAAAAAGCUUUAGCUAAGUAUGAGGGCACGAAUGCAGAUCUACCACGUCUGUUAAGAUCUCAUAGCGAAGAAAUUCGGGUCUUAACGGAAAAGAACAAAUCUCUUCGGAAAGCUGUCAAAGAUUUGACGGAUUUAGUCAAGGCGAGGGACGACGAACUUUUAAACGUGAAAAAGCAACUGGAACAUUUGGAAAAAUUAAACAGAAAUAAACAUUUAGGCGAGAGGCAAAAACUGAGUGAUCAGGUAGAUGACUUGAAGCAGAAGUUAGAAUCCGCUGACAAUCAAAUAAGCACAUUGAAUAGAAAAUUGUUGUUGGAAGGAAAAUCUUCCAAACAAAGACUGUUGGUGGAAAAUGUGAAACACAGGGAGUGCCAAAAAAACCUAAUGCAAGCUUUAGCAGAAAUCGAGAGAUUGACAGGGCUGGUAGAUGUGAAUAAUGUGAAUGCCAAUAAGAAGGAAGACAAACUUCCAUUACGUAAAAAGUUACCUGAACGUGACAGUAAAUCGUUGAUCACCAUAGAUGAUAAGCUGAACAUUCCAUUGACCGACAGGCGUAGCGAUGAAUCGCUCAUCAAGGAAUUACCGAAUGGUAUUGUUGAAAAAUUGAAAGUCUUACCAACAAAUGUCAGAUCGGAGGAAACAUAUCUACUUGACACAAACGGAGAGCUCAUUUCACCAACAGAAACUAUUAAGAACAGAUUAUCAACGGAAAAGCGGGUGACAUACGAAUCUGGGAAAUUGCACACGGAUGUUGAGAGGCCGAAAUGUGGUAUUAGGCCGAAUUCUUCGCAAAAAUUAGAGAGUUUGAGCAACAACAUUGACUCAAUAAUUCAAAGAUCCAGAGAAAAUGGUUUAUCACAAUUCGACAGAACCUUGGGGGAUUAUUGUAAUCAGGUUAUGAACACGGUCAAGAAUUGCAGUAAAGUAGUUGAAGAUCAUCAAGAAAGUUUGGAUCAGUCGAGAAACGACACAGAAACCAUAAAAGAUGCAGUGGAUGAAAUUAAAGCUUUAGAUGAUCAACUGAAAAGAAAUAGCAUAUUUUCUAUAGACGCAGCUGAACUGAAGAAAUUAUUGAAACCAGACAAAGAAGAAAAAAAUUCUAAACACCAUAAAUCGAAAGAUUCGGAUAGAAACAGGAAUGUGAAAUUGAGAGAAGAUCCUAAAGCGAAACUUUUAGCUACUCUACGUGCAAUAGAUAAUGGGGAAUUCAUAGAUAGCUUCGAAAAUGAUAUUACCAACUCCAGAGACGAAAUUUAUGACAGUUUUGCGAAUUAGAUUUCGUUGAUGCCGAUAUAUACUCAUCAAAGGUUAUUUUUUUCUAUUUAUUUUAUAAUAGAUUUAUAUUAUCA